UAAGGAGUGAGGGAAAGGCGCUCGUCGCGAAGUGCGUAGACUCGGAGCAAGUGCCGAGGGUUCUUCCUUCUCGCCCAGGAGCGCCUCUGUGACCUCGGGUCUGCUGGCAAAUCAAUAUCGUAUCGAAGUCGAUAUUGCCAUCGGCAUCGGCAGAAUCUUUCCAGAGGAAAAGGGAGACAGGGGCACAGGCAGUGCUGAACAUUUGUCAUGUGCCAUCUACUCUCGGACUUUGGCUUUGAAGACUGUGGGAUGCUGCAGAGUUUCAACAUGUGCUUAAUGGGUGAUUUCUCAGCAUCAUAAUAAGAACAUGAUUCAACUCUUCAUUUAAAUGUCUUUCAUUUUUUAUGUUAUUUCUUUGGUUUAACUGAAUCAGUUUGCAGCUGUUCUGAAAUUCAUGGUCAUAGGAGAAACAAGUUCAUAAUAGUAUUUGAAGGUAGUGUUGGAUCAUGUUUAAAUUAAUCAGGGAAGCAAAGUAAAAUCCUCAGAUACAUAUUGGUCAAUGUAAUGUAUUUACAAUACACGAUGCUCUAAGGUAGGGAUGGCCAGCUUCGUCAGCCAGGGAUGGGAGUGCUCCUUCAUACUGUAAAGCAGCCAUGCCCAGCCUUGCGCCUUCCAGGUGUCCAGCAUCAGUUCCAGCCAGCAUGGUCAGUGGUCAGGAGUGCGGGAAGUUCGAUUCCAAAACCUCUUUGGGGUAUCAGUUUGGGGAAGGCUGACAAGAAGGUAGAAAAUUGAGUAUACUUCUUUUCAAGGUGCUUUGUGGGCAUUUUAUUCUGUUUCGACAUUGAAGGAACUCCGAGUAACAUUUUAGCAUCAAAAUGACCCUGUGAGGUAGUUUAAGUUACAAAAGAAUAGUUGGCCCAAGGACACCCAUGCACUCAUAAGAAGGGUUUUACUGAAUCAGACCAUGGUGGUCCAACUGGUCCAGCACGCUUGUUUCCAGCUCCGGCUUUGCUGAUGCCUCUGUGAAACACAAAAUAGGCAUGAAGGCAGCAGACUUCUUUUGUUAGAGAGCCCAAGCGUCUGGCUUUUAGAAGAAUAUUGCCUCUGAAUAUGGAGGUUCCUUUUGAGUAAUUUGGCUAAUGACCUGUUAGGGCCAUGACUGAACAGAAAUUUGAAUCUGGUUUUCCACCGCACAAAUUCACCAUGAAACUUACCUGCCUUCCCCGACCUUCCAGAUGUUUUUGGGCCUUAACUACCAUGAGCCCCUGCCAGCAUAGCAAGUGGACAGUAAUUCUGGGAAUUGUAGUCCCAAUUAUCUGGAGGGUUUCAAAUUUUGCUAAGCUGCCCUGAACAAUAUGAAAUUGUUUCCCUGUAUAUUAGGAAAUGGCUUGGAUGUCUUUUUUUGUAAGUCAGUAAGUAUACCUUUGCUUACCUGUGAAAUAUUUUUAUAGUGAUCAAGUGCAACUAAAUUUUAACUUAUAAGCCUUGUCAGGCUGUACAUUCUUGGAGGCAAACUAGCACAGAUACUUUACGACCACUGUUCCCAUUUGCAGACUUAUUCCCCUUUGAAAUAAAUGGAGUUGCACUGGUUGGUGUGCAGCAAUGCCAGUUGAAUGCAUUUGUAAGUCAUGCAAAGUGUGGACACCAAAUUAGGAAUUUCUCAACAUCGUAUACUGUAUUGUGCCCUGUUGGAAAAUGUGUGCUCCUUUUGUCCUAUAAUAAACUCAAGCAUCUGUUAGACAAUUCCAGAGAAAGGUUCUGGGUGAGUGAGUUCCAUUUCCCCUAUUCUACUUCCUGUAGCCAUAACAUGUAACAAAACACUGUGGAAAUCUGGGGCUUCAUCACAGAAUUUUGCACACUUCUUAAGUUUGGUGGAGCUUUUGGAGGAAAACCUACCACUGUUCUAUCUUUCUAGUAUCUGUUCUUUGGUGUUCAGCAGAGAGGCAUAACUGGAGUUCAAUAGCUCAGUGUGGUUCUUGAAAUUCUCCAUCCUCCAAAGAAAUGGGCAACUGAUUUAAAAGCUACCUUUUCCUCACUAAGAAAGGGACAGACACAUGGGCAGAGUCCAGGGGUCUGCAGCCCAGGGGGCAGCCAACAGUCAUGGACUGGUGCAGAAGCAAACUCCAUUUUAGCCCUGUUGUUGUGAUGGUGGUAGGAUUUACCUUAGUUUAAAACUGAAAUGUACACAUUCUCAGAGUAUUUUUUUUUUAAAUCAGAUUUGGCAAAUAGUAUUGUUUUCAUUGUUUUAAGGAAUCAGGGACAUAGGAGCUGUUUUAAAAACAUGGACUCUGAACUGUGAGUGGAAGAGAGAAAUGUUAAUUGUGUACUUAACUAGCAGAAGUAUGACUAGUAACUAGAGUUUAGUUUUAAUGCAUUCCCAGGGGAGUUGUUGUAAGUACUUAGAUCUCUUGCCUAUUCCUACUGAUUUAUAGAGUCAUUUUAAAGAUGGAGAAUGAUCAAUCCUUUUCAAUAAUACUGUGGACAUUAUGCUCUGAGAAACAGAACGAGAAUGCCCAGCCCUCAUUGUCUGUUGUCCCAAGCCAGAGACACCUGGGGCAUGAUCCAGCGGUGGUGGCAGCUGCUGCAGCAGCAACCUUCCCACACUCCAGAAUUGGUGGUCUCAGAAACAGCAACCUCCAACCAAGUUGGCAAAGCACCCCAAUCUGCAGUGGUUAAAAAGAGAUCCAGCAAACUUCUUGACAUGUAUGUCACCUUAGUGGUAAAGAGCAAAACAUGAAGCAGAUGCUUCUGCACCUUGCUUGGCCCAGCUAUUUAAGCCAUGAGUGCAAAGCAGUGCUUCAACUUUCCUGCACAACAUUCUAUAGUGAAACUGUGACAUUCUGUGACAUUUUCACACAGCACUGAUUGUAGCUCAGAUCUGCCAGAUCUUGGUCAAUUUCAAACUAGUCAGCCCUCUUCAUUUUGUUGGGUGCUGACUAGACAAGUGUAAUUUGGGCUCAGGUACAAAUGAGAUAAAGGGCAGAUUUAUAAAAGGAAGGAGUAACCAUCCUAUCUUCUUUCUCUCCUUCCUGCAAACACCAUAGCAAUCACACUGUGUAAUGGGCAUGGUGAGCUGCAGUGGGGCUGCUGCAGGCACUCUUCAAAAGCCCCAUGAGUGGAGAAGCUGAGCAUCAGAACAGCUCACAGUUGUGUACAGAGCAGUCCUACAAGGCUACCAGCAACAAAGGAUACUAGCUGAUAACUUGAGGAAAAUGGAAACAGAUGGGGCUCAAGAUAUGUCCCAAGUUUCAGGAAAAGAAAGUCCUCCAGUAAGUGAUGUCCCAGAUGAUGGUGAUGAGCCCAUGCCUGUACCAGAAGAUCUUUCAACCAGCACUGGAGGACAGCAGAAUUCUAGGAAUGAGAGAGUUUUGGCCAGUAAUAUUAAAAUAGAGAAACAGAGUGAUGAAGAGAAUGGGCGUGCCUGUGAAAUGAAUGGGGAAGAAUGUGCGGAGGAUUUACGAAUGCUUGAUGCCUCUGGAGAGAAAAUGAAUGGCUCACACAAUGGCAGCAAAGCCAUGUCAGGAGUUGGAGGCAUUCGACUCCCUAACGGAAAGCUAAAGUGUGAUAUCUGUGGGAUAAUUUGCAUCGGUCCCAAUGUGCUUAUGGUUCACAAGAGAAGCCACACUGGCGAACGCCCCUUCCAGUGUAAUCAGUGUGGGGCAUCCUUUACUCAAAAAGGCAACCUUCUCCGCCACAUAAAGUUACACUCUGGCGAAAAGCCGUUCAAGUGCCACUUGUGUAACUAUGCUUGUCGUCGUAGAGAUGCUCUUACAGGCCAUCUGAGGACCCAUUCCGUUGGCAAGCCCCACAAAUGUGGAUAUUGUGGUCGGAGUUAUAAGCAGCGCAGCUCUUUGGAAGAACAUAAGGAGCGCUGCCACAGCUAUUUGCAAACCAUGAACCUCUCAGGUGGCCUCUAUCCCGUCAUGAAAGAGGAAGCUAGUCAGGGUGAAAUGGCUGAAGAUCUGUGCAAGAUGGGGUCAGAGCGAUCCCUGAUGCUGGACAGACUAGCAAGUAACGUCGCCAAACGUAAGAGCUCUAUGCCUCAGAAAUUUGUUGGUGAAAAAUGUGUGUCUGAUGUUCCUUAUGAUGCAACUACCAAUUAUGAGAAGGAGAACGAUAUGAUGCAGACCCAUGUCAUGGACCAGGCUAUUAAUAAUGCCAUCAGCUACUUAGGGGCAGAGUCAUUGCGCCCCCUGGUGCAGACCCCACCCUCUGGUCCUGAAGUUAUGCCUGUCAUCAGCCCAAUGUACCAGCUCCACAAGCCCCUCGGGGACAACCAUGCCCGAUCCAAUCAUGCCACUCAGGACAGUGCCGUUGAAAACCUCCUGCUUCUUUCUAAAGUCAAAUCCAUCUCUUCAGAAAGGGACCCUUCACCUGGCAACAGCUGCCAAGACUCCACCGACACAGAAAGCAAUAAUGAGGAACGAGGUGGCUUGAUUUACCUAACAAACCACAUAGCACCCCAUGCACGGAACGGCCUCUCGAUAAAGGAAGAACACAGGCAAUAUGAUGUCCUGCGGGCAAGCAAUGACAGCUCCCAAGAUGCCUUCAAAGUAAUCAAUGGCAAUGGAGAGCAAGUGAAAGUUUACAAAUGUGAACAUUGUAGAGUCCUGUACUUAGAUCACGUCAUGCACACCAUUCACAUGGGCUGCCAUGGGUUCCGUGACCCUUUCGAGUGUAACAUGUGCGGCUACCGCAGCCAGGACAGGUACGAGUUCUCCUCUCACAUAACCCGUGGGGAACACCGCUUGCACAUGGGUUAAAUAAAACUCUUCCUGUAUAGAAGUUGCCCUACAACUGGAGCUCCACAAGCAGCAGCCAAAUAAGGCAAACAGACAAAUGAUCGCAGGACAGCAUUCAGUAAAAAAACACGUUCAGAAGGCUGGGUCCCAGAAAUGAACUCUUCUUGUAGCAUGCACACAUAAUACAGUUUUAUAUGAUUAAUAUUGAUGUUUUUAUUGCAGAAAUAAGUCAUCCAAAAUUUUAGUAUAUUACGUAGGUGCUUUUGUAGCUAGGUAGAAGAAACCUUUUCUUGCUUGCAGUUGUUUCCCUCCCUCCACCCCAAGGCAGUUAACUGUGCACACUCAUACCCAAAUUUGAUUGAUAACUAGAAAGAUGAAAUUAGUGUUAAGUGUUUCAUAGUGUUAUUCUGAAAAUACAGUUUUUUACACCAUAAGCAUUUUCUGAUUUCCUACCAUAAUUUAGUACACGCACUAACCAAUAGCAAUAAUCCACAUUUAGAAUAGGUUAAAAAUCACAUAACAUUUUCCAGUGGUCUCAGCACAGUUGAAUCCUCUUAUGGGUAUAAAUCGUUUGAAUUAUAGUCUACAGAAGAAGAAUAGUAUGGAUACCAUCAACAUGGAUUUCUUGGAGUGUGCUUACCAUGGUAAUUGAGUGUGGUCUGAAGAAUCCAAGAUUGUGCUGUUCAAGCACAACAGGUAGCAUGGCUGCAGUUGUGUUGAUCACUGAUCCUAUUCUUGCAAAAAUCCCAGUUGUAGCCAUGCUUGUGUCCAUUAACUUGUGGAUGCAUGGGAUACUUUGGUCAAACCCAAACCCAGGCCAUGUCAAUCAAACAGGCAGGACCACAUGACUCGAAUCCAACACAAAAUGAACCUAGUUCUAAAAGAGAUCCAAUGUAAGUCAUUCAGACAGUCUAGAGAAGUCUGAAGGGAAGAGGCACUGGUAGCACCCAGUAUUGCAUCUCAAGCCACCGUUUAUACUCCCCCAUGUACAGAGAGGGGGCCGCCUUUCAACAAAUGCUUUAAAAAACCAAACAGCAAGAAGGAUGCCAGAUGUGAGCCGUCUCCAGUGAUACAGGAAGGAGUUGAUGGAUUAGGGCAGUUUUGUGGAAGUCGGUCCUUGUGGAACUCCAGCGCCACGCAAAAAUGCUGCUGUCUGCUUUAAUCCUAUAAAUGGCCAGUGAAAUACGAUGGUAAGCAAUACAAGACAACUUUUGUAGAUACCAACAUAGGCACUGCAAGAUAUCCUGUGUUGGUUUUCCACAUAAGGCUGUUUCCAGUGCAUUAAGGCAACCAUGCUUACGUGGCAGUAAGUCCCACUUGGACUAAUUUCUGAAAAGACAUGCAUAGAAUUGCACUGUAAAAGUCUUGGUGUAACACAUGGCAGUCAGGAUUGCACAUUUUCUAUAGAUGAAGUGAGCAUGUGGUUAAUGAUUUUCCUGCCUGCCUCAGCACUCCUUGGCCACUUUUAAAAUCAAAAGAUGAGUUCCCUCCCUCCCCCCAAUUCCCCCACAUUCUAAAUGAAACUCCUAUUUAGAAGUGAGAGACAGUUCAUGGUUGGCAUUGGGGGUUUGCUGUUUUUUUCACUCUUUUCUGGGACAAAUACUUUUGAUUUCAAGGCUACACUGAAUCUGCAAUACCCACACUUUGCACUGUAAAGUGCAUCUUUUGCUUUUAUAAACAGUC